GUAAAGCAGGCAGAGUGACUGGGACGCCCACAGUCUCGCGUGUACUCCGGUAGGGAACGGUAGUGGUGCUGUUAGUACGCCUUCACACUCUUGAGUAACUCGCCAGGCAUCCAUACAGUCGGCUUUCCUUGCCAGGUGUCUGCGUUGUGUUACCGCGCGAACCCGUUCCCUCGAGGGAAGGCAGAACUCAAGCGGAUAUCUAAACCUCUCUACAUACGAUGUCUUUCUUGUUAUUCGAUAUUGUUUGACCCGAAGCCCCAUACAAUUUGUUUGCCGCAAGGGGAAUGACAGUUCUUAUUUAUUUGUAAACUUCGCGUUUGGCAAGAGAAGCGCGUCCCAAGCCAUAAGAACGGACAGUGAUAGUAAAAACAUUACAUCUGAGGAAUUGGGCAACGGUUCUGAAUGGGUGUUUCUACCAGGUGACCCGAAGUGCCCAAGGGCCAAAAAGUGCCAGAACCCUUGACCUUCGUCUAUAUCAGAAGGAUACUGUUUUGGUCUGACGUAAUCUGACAGAACACAGGUGUCUGCGUAUGUGUUCGUAGAGUAGUCACGCCCUCUUGUUAUAUAUUUAGUCCCCGCGACACCCACGUGCUGCUGCGUGCCACUAUGGGACAGCUUUCCGGGGUUGGAUCACAGAAAAGCAUGAUUCUCUGAUAAUUACACAGCUUGAACAAUGGACACUUUUCAGUUGUGAGGCCAUAUUUAUAUAACAUAUUAUUUAAACACAGGAGGAGAAAGCACCUUCUAAGCUAUUGUGCAUGAAACGAGUGUUUUGUUUUGUUUAGUUGAAAACAGUGUACAGCCCUGACCAUGAUAACAAGAAAUAUCUUUAAAACAAUAAAUCGGUGAUAAAGACACGCUUAGCAAAAGCAACUUCCAAGGACUAAAGAGGUGAUCGUCCGAGACUGCCAACGGGAAGUAAUCCGGCGAGAAAGCUGUGACGAAAAUGACGGUAGAAACCAAGACAAAGACUCGGACAGUGUCCUUCGGCGAGGAUCAACAGAGCGAGUGCGAAGCAGGACGCGAUGACGUGCGCGACGGAGUUCCGUACGACGAUGAGGACGACGACGCAGCCUCCGUCACGUCCCUGCCCGCCGAGCUCCCCCCUCCCCCCGACGGAGGCUGGGGCUGGGUCAUCGUUGUGGUGUCCUUCCUCUGCAACGCCAUCGUGGACGGCGUGGCCUACUCCUUCAGCCCCUACAUCGACAUCCUCUCCAAGCAGUUCGAUGCACCCAAGGGAAAGGUGGCGUGGAUUCCGUCCCUCCUGGCUGGCGUCUACCUCAGCGCUGGCCCCAUCGUCUCGGCCCUCAGCAACAAGUUCGGCUGCAGGAUCGUCUGCUGCGUCGGCGGCCUGGUGGCUUCGCUCGCCUAUUUCCUUACCAUUUUUGCAAACUCCACCGAGUACCUUAUGGUGUUCCAAGGAUGCUGCGCAGAAUACUCUAUUCUGUUCUUUCAGUGGUUUGGGGCUCUCAUGAGGCCUCUGGAAGUCCCCAGGAUGAAGAAGAAAGACCUCCUUCAGCGCCUGGCCGAGGAGAAGCGGGCGACCAUGGCAAGAGGAUCCAUCUGUGAUCCUAACAGGGAGGCAAAUGCUGACCCAGGAGUGCACUCCCACCUCAAUCUCUCCGGCUACCUGACACCCGUGGGCACAACCUUAGCUCUGCCAACCAUCCAAGAGACCCAGGGCAACACCCCUCCUGACCAGGAAGCCCCCAUUGCUGUCACAGAUGCUGAAGAGGUUUCCCCGACAACCCCACCAGCCGCUGAGCAGGACACAACUGAUGAACGCCAGAACUUAGUGAAUGGAGCAAAGGCCUCGGCUGUGCCUGCGCGGAUGGCAGCUGCAGCCAAAAUACCCCGCAAUUGCUCCCAGCCAGUGAUGGCUCGAGACCCAACCAGACAGAUACCCAAAAAUGGAUCCGUCCCUAAUUUUGAACGUAAAUUAUCAAAAGUCGAUAUUGCAAACCAUAUGAAGGUGGUCCCAGCCACCCCCAAGGCAUCCUCCACAAACCUGCGUGGCCUUGGCUCGCAAGAGAUGAUGAGGCGAGUGUCAUCAGGCUAUGGUCGUGUCAACUCAAAUAAUUCCUUUGUUGAUCCUGAAAUGGCUGGUGCACUUCGACAGAGACGUUCAUCUUCAAAAUCAAUGAUGCUGCGCCCUAUGUCACGUCAUGACAUUUUCUACUCUGGAAGUAUUGCAAAUCUAAGAGAAUUCAAGUCUCAAGAGUCCAUGCUGUCCUAUCGUGAAUCAGCUCUCAACCUUCAAGGAACAGGAGCCUCCAAAGUGGUCAUUGAUGCUCUUGACGGACCAGAAGAGGAAAGAGGACUGUGUUCUUGCCUUCCUGAAUCCAUGCGAGGAACACUCAGCCAGAUGAUGGACUUUAGUCUCUUGAAGAAUCCAGUGUUCCUUAUGAUCGGUGUGGCCAAUCUCUUUGGUAUGCUUGGCUUCUACACACCUUUUGUAUAUCUUCCAGAUGCAGCUAAGGAAAAGGGAGUGGAUCCUGAC